AUUAUUUCUUUGGGGGAUUUUUUUUUUAAAGAGGGCAACUUCAUUUAACCAGCAUUAGUUUAAUUUUUUUGGGCCAAAGUCUUUAUGAAAACGUCUGAAUAUGGCUUCUGCUGGCAAUAUAAGGUAAACAAAUCAUUUACACAAACAUAUUUAUAUUAUUUACAUUACGAUUUCUAUAAGGAAAACGUCGCUUUCUACUUUCGGAACACUGUUUUUCAAGUCAACCCAGGAUUUUGAUGAUGUUAUACGGCCCCUCCUGAGAGCUUACGCCGGACCGGAACGAUUGUUCUUCGUUUGUCAUUUCCGGACCCUUUUAAGUGGUGUACUGUCGCCUCUUCACGCUUUUCGAAUACUGGUCGCUUUAGUUGCAUAUAAAUACUACGUCACAAUAAACACACAGAAAUAAAACGAUUUUCCUACACUUGGCACACGCACUGGCAUUAAGACAUAGCUCAUGCUAGCUGUCGAUUGUUUCAAUUGUGAUAUUGACUUCGCGUUAGCCGCUAGCAUACACUGAUUAGAAGACGCCAAACUGUCAACACCAGCAAAACCAUUAACAGCAGAUGUGAUGGAAAAAAAUGCAGAGGAAACAACAGCUGCAAAGGGGACAGAGGCUGUAGUAAAAGGUGAAGCAGCCCUCAAACCAGAAUUUAUCACCAGCAAAGAAAAAUUCCAUGACUUUCUUGACUCCGAAUGGCAAAGCUCAAAAGGAGGCGAGAACAAGUUGUCUGAGGACCCAUCCGAGGAGCCCGAAAUAAAAAGGGUGAAAUUGGACGCAGAGGAGAUCAACAAAGGCGGCAAGUCGUCCGGUAAACGCCUGAGGGGGCAGAACAAGUCAAGGCCGCACAAAAAACCAACGUCGUACGAUGAAAAGAGGCUGUGUGCCUCUGUUAUUCAGGGCAACCGGGAAUGUCCCUAUGGCGACAAGUGCCACUUCUACCACAACGUCGCUACCUACUUGGCCAACAAGCCCCCCGACAUUGGCGAACGUUGCCACAUUUACGACACCUUCGGGAAGUGCACAUACGGCCUCUCAUGUCGCUUCGCCGCGGCGCACACCACAGCGGAGCUGACGAGCGCCGAGAACGCCGACGUGUUGAAAAGCCACGAGGGCCGCGUGCCGGUGAGGAACAGCCUGAGCAAAGAGCUGCAGAAUCGUCUGAGGAAGCAUUCAGUUGCAUUCGACAAGUCGGCGGAGUACCUCAAGACACUUAACAACAACAAAGAGGCAAAACAACAACAAGGCAAUGGCGCCACUGACUUACCAGCAGGUCCACCGACCGAGACAAUGUGUGAAUCUACAGAUGUAGAAACGCAGGUUAACUCGGACAAGGCUUGCGCCGUGAGGACUGUCGGCCCGUUGACCGACGUGGAUGUCAUCAAGUUGCGAACGUGUGAGAAAAAACAGGUGGACUUUCGAGAUAAACUCUACCUCGCCCCGUUAACAACCUGCGGCAACCUGCCGUUCCGCCGCGUGUGUAAGCGUCUGGGAGCGGACAUCACCUGCGGCGAGAUGGCCAUGUGCACCAACCUGCUACAGGGUCAGCAGUCCGAGUGGGCUUUGCUCAAGCGGCAUGAGAGCGAGGAUCUCUUUGGAGUCCAGGUGGAAGGCUGCUUCCCUGACACCAUGACGAGAUGCGCCGAGCUCAUCAACAACAGCACACAGGUGGACUUUGUGGACAUUAACUCAGGGUGCCCCAUCGACCUCGUAUAUAAGAAGGGCGGAGGCUGCGGCUUGAUGACGCGCACCCGCAAGUUUGAGCAGAUAGUUCGGGGAAUGAACUAUGUGCUGGAUGUCCCUUUAACAGUGAAGAUCCGCACCGGCGUUCAGGAGAAGAACAACAUCGCGCAUAAACUCAUCCCCGAGAUGAAAAAUUGGGGCGUCUCAAUGAUCACGCUGCAUGGCCGCUCCAGAGAGCAACGCUACACCAAGCUCGCUGAUUGGGACUACAUCACCACCUGCUCCAAGCUAGCCAGCCCCAUCCCACUCUUUGGAAAUGGCGAUAUUCUGUCCUACGAAGAUGCCGCGAGAGCCAAAGAGACGGGCGUUUCUGGAAUCAUGAUCGCAAGGGGUGCUCUGGUGAAGCCGUGGCUCUUCACAGAAAUCAAGGAGAGCCGUCACUGGGACAUCUCGUCGGCCGAGCGUCUGGACAUCCUCCGAGACUUUAGCAACUACGGCCUGGAGCACUGGGGAUCGGACACGCGUGGCGUGGAGAAGACGCGCACUUUCCUGCUCGAGUGGCUCUCCUUCAUGUGCAGGUAUAUUCCGGUGGGGCUGCUGGAGCGAGUGCCCGUGAAGAUCAACGAGAGGCCUCCGUACUACAUGGGGAGGAAUUACCUGGAGUCGCUAAUGGCCAGUCAAAACGUUGGAGACUGGAUCAGGAUCAGUGAAAUGCUGCUUGGACCAGUGCCCAAAAACUUCAACUUUUUGCCCAAACACAAAGCCAAUUCAUACAAGUGAUUUAUUUAUUUGUAUUAUUAUUAUUUUCCCCCUGCGGAAAAGCAAACCCAGGAUUUGAGUUUUUUUGGGGCCGAGGCUAAAGAAAUCAAGUGUGCGGCGUUUUGAAUGAUAAGAGAAAUUAUGUUAAUUUGAGUUUUGGUACACUUGUACUGUGUAAUAAAGCCUCACUGAAAAUA